CAGGAAGAGAGCGCAACAUUGUAAACACUAGCGGUUUCGGCUACUGCAGCAUUGAGAGAGAAAGAGCGCUUAACUCUCACUAGCUCUAGUGAUCUAGUUAAACUAUGCUUGUCAUCCCACCGAAUAGUGCAUGAACUGAAGAUGGGUGUGAAGGGCUUACAGAACUUUAUGGAGACAUGCUGCCCAGACACUUGUGUCCCCGUGGACCUGAAACAGAUGGCAGUCAAUCAUGUCAAAGCCCAUCCGGACAGCACUGCCACAGUAGUAGUGGAUGGAAUGGCCUGUUUAAGAUACUGGUAUCGCUGUCAAGCUUGGGUCUAUGGCGGCCAGUGGCAAGAAUAUAUGCAUAUCCUUCAAGAAUUUGUGGAUGCGUUCACAUCCGCAGGCAUACGCUUAGUCUUUAUCUUCGACGGGACGGUUGAGGAACAAAAGCGGGCAGAGUGGGUGAAGAGGCGGCUCAGAGUCAACAAAGACAUUGCGAGAAUAUUUCAGCACAUUAAGACUCACGCUCAGCAGCCGAACAGCAGAGACCUUUUCUGCCUUCCCUCCGGACUGGCAACCUUCUCAGGAUUUGCCCUCAAAAGCCUCGGCCAGGAAACACGGAUCUCUACGCGCGAAGGAGAUUAUGAGAUUUCCGACUACGCCUUGUCUCACAACUGCAUGGGCAUCCUUGGUCAAGAUACAGACUUUGUGAUCUACAACACGGUUCCGUAUCUGUCCAUCAAUAAACUCAAUUUAAACAACAUGACAACAGUGCUGUUCUCCAGAGAGCGGUUAUGCCAAGUUUUGAAGCUUCAUAUGAGUGACCUCCCUCUCUUGGCUUGUUUGUUGGGCAAUGACAUCGUGCCUGAGCAGCAAAUGCAGCGUCUGCGCAGCAAUGCUUUGACAUCAUAUCGAAAGAAACACAUGCAAGUUCAGGGAGACAAGGUCUACGCUGUUGCAGACUUCAUUAACGCUCAUCAUCCCAGCAGUGAGGGAACAUUUGGUGUUUCCUCACUUCCGUUAGUUGAAGCAGAGAAAGAAGCUUUAGAAAAAGGCAUACGCUUAUAUUUGCUUCCAGGCCAAACAUCCGCUUGGUUAGAAAGCGGCUGUUCCGUUCCUGAGUCCAUGUGUUUGAUGGGCAAGUAUUUACCGGCUGACAUAUUACAGGCAGUGCUAGAAAAGCACACACGGGCAGAGUGUUUCCUGCUCUAUAAUGUGUUAUAUGAUGGAGUCGUGGAGUGCAGUAACACUCUGGAAGAUGAGGAUGAGGUGGAGAUACCACCGCAGGCCGUCUUAUAUCUGCCUGUCCGAGAACGCAUCUACGGCCUUUUACUGCCAGUGCAGCCAGAUGGUUCUACUCAGACUUUGUCAGUCAAAGAAUGGUUCGUGUUUCCAGGAAACCCACUGAAGGAGCCAACCAGAGUCACUCCAAAACCCCUUAACAAUCUAAAAGGGCCCCUUGAUCUGAUGGCUCUGUGGUUUAGGACGGACCCAGAGGUGAAAGCAGUCCAAGCAUCAACACUCCUGGAUGUCUUUGACCUGUAUGAGUUUGCUGAAGAGCUGAAGUGCUUUGACAGCCCUUUGAUUGCUGUGAUUUGUCUUGUAACCUACAUCGCUAUUCAGGUGAGACAGCUUUCCCUGGAAGACGUAGAUGCAUAUCUAAGCCAAGCUGUUUGUGUCAGAUUCAAAUCCUUCAGAGAAAUGCAACAGCUUAGGACCCCUGUUGUGGACCCCAGGGCCGUUCAACUCGGCUCUCUCUUUGUACGGGGUCUGACCUACCUCAUCGCAGCCAACAGUGCUUGUGGUUUCCCUUUCCCAAUGGGUGAGCUCAUGCCGUGGAAGACCUUUGAUGGCCUGCUCUUUCAUUCAAAGUAUCUGCAAGCCCACUCAGGCUGUCCGAAAGAGGAGCUUCUUGAAGGAAAUCCUUCUUGGAUGUCUUUGUUCAUGCCCGUCAGAGAGCUGGUGCUGGAAACCUGCAGGAGGCGCGGCGUCCCCGUCCACAGCCGACCACGCAGACUACAACACAGAGAUGUGAGAGCCGUGGAGACUGAUGAUCUGCGUCGAGAAAGACGACCCCAGCUCCAUCACAGCACACACCAGGAGUUCAGACAGCAGCCCAGAGCUUCAUCACACUACCAGCACGGUUAUAGACCAAGACAUCCAAAGAGAGGAAGGUAUCACCUAGCACCUCGAUGGCCCCAUUCUCAAAACUAAACAACGCUGACUGAUGAAAAAUGAGCAACUAGGCUCUUGUGGAAACAAUUGUCACCCACACAACAAAGCAUUUCAUUCUCAGAUGUCAAUGUUCAUGUCCAUGUUCUUGCGCCUUAAUUUAGAUUCUGCCCUUUUUGGUUUGACCACAGAUGUUUGUGACAAACUUUUCUGCAGUAUCAGUAAAAAAAAAAAAAAAAAAACCUCAAAACUUAAAAACAUCAAAUUGUAUAUGAAUGUGCAUUUUUACCAGGCAGAUAGGGGUAACCCUUCCCUUCUGUGUUCAGUGAUAUCCUUGAAAGCCCUCACAAUUAUAUCUUAUAGUGAGAUUACAGUCUUUUUCCCCCUCCAUGUGGAUGAUAUGAAUCAGUGACCAAAAUGGAAGCUUCCUAAACUGCGUGCCAAACCCAUUCAUUCUGCUCAGACCCUAAUUAGUCUCAGAUGAUCUUUUACCUUUCAACUGCUGGUUUGGCGUUGACUCCAGUUGUUCGCAAUUACAAAGAUUAUUUGUCUCCCUCAACACAUUCAGAUUCUAGGUUUUCAAGCAGCCAUUCUUUAAAAAUUUGUUAAUGAUAAUGUGUGCCAUUUCAUCAAAAGUCGCGGUUGUGGUUCUGGCAUAUCGUGACCAAAAUGCACUUCAACCCCAUAUUGGGUUGAUACUCUGUUUCAUGUCCAUCAUGUCUAAAAGUCCUACUAUUACAUAAACUUUUUAUGUUUGUUCAUGCAGUAUUUUAUGUCGUGCAAACAUUAAAACAGGCAUAUUACAUUCUUGUUAAAGAGCCGGUUGUUCAAAUUUUCAUCUUCAUUCAAGGUGUAAGGGCACAUUGUCCAUUAAAAAAAACCCAUUGUGAUACUAGUGAUUUAUUAAUCGGAUUAUGAUGAAUCCCAAUGCAACAAUUCUGUUAAUGAAUUUAUUGGUAUCCAGACAAUGAGCCCUUAUGUGGUCUGUUUGCCCAUGAGGCUGUGAAACGGUGCCUCUGCUAGGUAUUGUUAUACACCCCAGAGCGGAAAUAGGAUAUGGAGAAAGUUCCACAGCUUAAGUGGUCAAAGCACGGCUCUUCCCCUUAUCUACAGAGAAUGAAAGCCACAGGAAUGAAAAACAGUACUAGACAAACACGUGACUUGGCUAGGCAUGGCUAGAGCAUAUAGGCACAGCAGGAAAUGGAGGCGACAGAUUUACUCAUGCAAAACAAAGUUUUUUUUUUAUAAUAUUUGCAGAUU